GCAGCUGACGCCUGUCUUCAUCGCAGGACUCUCGUUCUUCUUCCUGCACGAGAGAUAUCGGGCCUGCCAGCUCCUGUGGCUGGUCGUGGCUGUUGCUGGCUCUGUCGUCACCGCUCGGAGCGACCUGAAGGAGUGUCACGGAGGCGGUUGCUCAGGCUCCCUCCCCUUAGUGGGCGACUUGCUGGUCGUAGUGACCUGCAUCACAGCAGCCCUCUACAUGGUUCUCUUCAAGCUCAUCUUCGUCCGUGGCUGUGACUGGCAGACUUUCUUCACCUACUUCAUGGUGAAAGGCAUGGCCGUGGCUAUUGUGGGAGGCAUUGGCCUGUUGUUCCUGCCACAAUCCCAGCUUGGACUUCCCAAAAGUGCUAUUGGCUGGAAAUACCUCUCCAUCAACAUGGUCAUGAACAUAGCCUUCAACCUAUCCCUGGCCUGGGGGAUGUUAGUCGUGUCUCCCUUGGCCUGUCGCCUUUUCGUCUUGCUUGGCCUCCCGGUGUCGCUGCUUCUGGAUUCUGUGAUGGGAGUUGAUGUAAGCUUCCAGCGCAUACUCGGCGUUCUGCUGGUCACAUGUGGCGUUGCUGGCUUUGAGGCAUCUUCAGCCAAAAACAAGACCCCUGAUUUUCCCACGAGCGAGCUUGGCGAGCUCGAGGUGGAGAACGUGCCCUCAGACGUCCAUGAAGAUGAGGCGGAGUGCAUUGCCGCCCCCCAGGUGGUAGCAGAGGUUAGCGAAACCUCCCAGUCAUCGUCAUCAUCUUCCCAGGGUAGGCCACGCUUGCUGAGUCCCGUGCUGUCAUCUUCCAUCUUUUGCGCGCUGGCAACCAGCUUGUGCAUAGGUGGUUUCAUUGUUGCAAGCCUUGGAGGGGCCUGA